AUGAUCCCCUUAACUUUAUCUUGCCAAGAAAGACUCAGAGGCCAGCCGAAGGUGAGGAUUUUUAUGGAUGAGAUGUGGUUGCGACGGUUAAUUGAAGUGUUUGAGGUGGUGGUAGCCGACGAUGUUGGAGGUGGUGGGUUGAAAGUCGAUUGUGGUUUGAAGACUACUAAUGGUGAAGAGUCCCCAAAGAAGCUGCUACUCUACUCGUUUUUCAUGAGCAGUUGCUCUUUCCGUGUUCGCAUUGCCCUCAACUUAAAAGGACUUGAUUAUGAAUACAAGGCCAUUAAUCUGUUAAAAAAUGAGCAGCAGAGUCCUGAGUUUUUAAAGAUUAAUCCUAUUGGAUACGUGCCUGCUCUCAAGGAUGGUGAUAUAGUGCUUGCUGAUUCUCUUGCAAUUAUAUUGUACCUCGAAGAGAAGUACCCUAAUCACCCUUUGCUACCUCACGACCUUGCAAAAAAGGCAAUAAAUUAUCAGGCUGCAAAUAUUGUUUCUUCGAGCAUACAACCUCUUCUAAACGUACCUGUUAUGAACUUAAUAGAAGAAAAUGUUGGUCAAGAAGCAAAAAUUUCAUGGAUCAAAAAGCAAGCGGGAAAAGGCUUCACAGCUUUGGAGAAAUUACUAAAAGAUCAUGCUGGGAAGUACGCAACUGGAGAUGAAAUUUCCCUGGCUGAUGUCUUUCUGGCUCCACAAAUCAUUGGUUUAUCACAACGAUUCAACUUUGACAUGAGUGAGUUCCCUCUUCUCUCCAGAUUGAAUGAAGCAUACAAGCAUGUAGCAGCUAUCCAAGAUGCCAUGCCUGAAAAGCAGCCAGAUUCCCGAUUAAUUGAAGGAAUUUAUUUAAAAGUAUAAUAAACAAAGCGACUAAAAUGCAUUUGGUGUUUCUUGUAUUUAUCCUUUUCCGUAAGUUUCGUGGAUUUGCAUGUGAAUAUUGGUAUGAUUUGGGAAACAAGGAUAUGAUACGUUUGGAGAUUAUGAUCUUUUUUAUAUAAGUAAG